AUGCGGAUCCUUCGUCGGCUGGAGUUCGACCACGUGCGCAUGACCAGUGGCAGCGUGCUGGAGCUGCCCUCGCUCGGGCGCAAGGUGGCGCUUGUGAAGGGCUCGUACGAAAAGAUCGCCGCCCUCGUCUCGGCGUCGGGGAAUUCGCUGCCCGCGGAUUUUAGGGCUGUCACUGAGCAGCAUGCUGCUGACCAGUACUACGUCCUGGGCGUGGGCAUGAAGGAGCUGGAGGCUGGCCUUAGCCUGGUCGGCUUGCUUCUCUUCCGCAACGAGAUGAAGGUGGACAGCCCGGACGCGCUAGCGGAGUUGAAGGCCGGCGGCGUUCGGUGCGUCAUGUGCACGGGAGACAAUGCCCUCACCGGCAUUGCCAUCGGCCGUCGCUGCGGCAUGCUCGACGCCCGCGUGCUGCUCGGAGACGUCGUGGAUGCUCGGGACGGAGACACGCGGGGCGAGCCGGGGCUGCGGUGGACGUCUCAGCCGGAGGGCGAGCAGUGGAGCCACGCAGACGUGCUCGCGAGCGACCCAGGGGAGGUGGAUCUUGUGCUCACGAAGCCUGCCUUCAAGCACCUGCAGGACAGCGGGGAGGCGCCGCAGGUCCUGGACAGAGUCAGGAUCUACGCGCGCAUGAAGCCGGAAGACAAGGUGGCCGUGAUCCAGCUGCACCAGGAGCGAGGCCUGGUCGUGGGCAUGGUCGGCGACGGCGGCAACGACUGCGGGGCGCUGCGGGCUGCGCACGUCGGCAUCGCCCUCUCCGAGGCAGAGGAGCACGGGACCGGUUCCAUCUCUCUGCGGGCCGUGCCGGACCUGCUGAGGUACGGGCGGGCCACCCUGGCGACCAACCUGGCCACGUACAUGUACUUCAUGGUCUACGCGCUGGCCAUCCCCAUCGCCAAGUUCACGUGCAUUUUCAUCGGGAACAUGAUCCUCUCGGAGUGGACCUGGAUCUCCACCGACAUCGUCGUCGGGUCCGUCAUGGUGGCGGCGAUGACCCUGGCCAGGCCGGGCCCCAGGCUCUCCGCGCUGCGACCCACCUCGGCGCUGCUCGGCUGGCGCACCGUUGCCACGGUCCUGGUGCCGACGCUCGUCUACGGCGCGUGCUUCGCGGCUGCGCUGUUCGCUCUUUGGCGGCAGCCCUUCUACAGGCCCUACGACUCGGUGGCGCUCGGGGUGCCCUCGCACGAGUGGCAAAAGAAGGGGGACAACUUCGAGUGCGGGGUGGCCUUCUUCUUCCUCUCUAUGCAGCUUCCGACAGCGUGCUUCAUCUUCUCGCACGGCGCCGAGCACCGCGUGAGCCCGCUGCGCAACAUCCCGCUCGCGGCCAGCUACCUCCUCAUCGUUGUCGUCUUGCUCUGUGUGCUCUGGGGCGGCCCUAGCCCGCUCUCGUGCGUGUUCCGGGUGAACUGCGACAGCUACACCUCCAGCCGCAUGUAUGUGCCCGGCAUCCAGGAGUUCUCCACCGGGAACGUCGGGGGGUGCUUCCUGGGGCCGCAGCUGCUGGAGUGGAAGGGCCGCCUCGGGGACUCGUUCCAGUUCCCCGACGAGGCGAACGCAUGCAACCCCGGCCGGGAGGUGGACCUCGAGGACGAGAUACGCACGCCCAGCGGCGGCAUCAGCUGGCUCGGCGCCGCGGAGUGCCGCGGCCCGAACAACUGCUUCAGCUCCGAGUUCCGCACGGUGCUGAGCGUGCUCCUGGCCGUGAUGGUCGGCACGACGCACGGCAUCGGCAUCUGGAUGUCCAGCUGGCACCCCGCCCCAAAGCUGCACUUCAAGAAGCUCUGA